AUGGUUUUUCGUGAAAUGGAACCGCCCGCGCGAGACUCUGUCAAAAGAAUGAGUCCUACCCUCUGGGCACUAGGUUCGAGAAUGCUAUGUGUUAAAAUCGGCGUAGCCGAAGCGCAACAACUGAACACCAUUGCUUCCUGGAAAGACGGCGACAGCGAGUUUCGUCUUAUUCCCAGAGAUGAAGCCCUUCUUGUUGGUUUCGGCGAAGGAGACUCGGCAGUUGAUCGCAUUCAGGAGUGCGGUACUGGAGGUUCCGUUUUCAGUAUUGGAAAUGAAGCGAUUUGCAAGGCGAAGUCAUGGUAUGAAGGUCGACAGCUUGAAGGCACCACCAUCGAAGUUGUGCGCGAACAGUUCCCAUCGGUACCUUUACCAGAAGUUCUGUACUCAUGGAAUGAUCCAGCAAUGCAUCGCACCUUCUUGAUCACAAGACGAGUCUAUGCCCGAACGCUUAACGCCGCAUGGCCUGAUCUUUCUGCUAGCCAGCGCAAGACCAUUGCUGUCGAAGUUGCCAGCCAUUGCGCCUCGCUCGCGUCAAAAACAUCUUCAAAAUAUGAGUCUGAUUCUGGAUGCGGAGUUCUCGAGUAUUGGCUCAUGGAUAGGGUCCCUAUGUCUGUUCCAACCUGGUGGAUUACGACUUUAGGGCCAUUAACGCAUAGUGAGCUGAAGAAAUACUUGUCAAGUAUGUCGAAAGAACCCAUCCCGUUGUUUGGAGACGCAUUAGUCUUCUGUCAUGCAGACCUGGGGCCGACGAAUAUAUUGGUAUCUGUUGAUGGAAACAGUGUCGCUGCCAUUAUUGACUGGGAGGUUGCUGGAUAUUUCCCCGAUUUUUGGGUGGCGACGAAACCUGCCACAGUUCGGGCUUUUCAGCUGGACGAGGCAGCUGUCGGCCCGCAAGUUGUCGAUGAAUGGCCCUCGUUAUUUGUGGAAGCUCUUGUGAGUAAGGGAUUUAGCUGCCAAAAGUCAGUCUAUCAAGCUUGGAGAAGUGGACGGAUUUGA